GCUGGUGUCUUCGACGAUUUCUCAGUGCUUCCCCCUGUUUUUGCCGGACAAAUCAUCGAUUUUCAACCAAAAUGCAAAGAGGCAUUUAUGGUCAUGCAACUGAUGCUGCAAUACACCCACUUAAUGAGGAGAAAGCUGUUCAAGCUGCUGCAGAUCUUCUUGGGGAGCUUUUUGUCUUCACGGUUGCUGGAGCUGCAGUUAUUUUUGAGGUGCAAAGAAGUUCUAGAUCAGAAGCAAGAAAGGAGGAACUGCGCAAGCAAGAAUUACAGGCAAUGAAGCAAAGAGAUGAUGAUUUAGCUAAAGAAAUUGAGCUUCUUAGACACAAGAUUGAAGAGGUGGAACAACUUGCCAAAGGGCGAGGACUGGCUGGUAUCUUUAACUUCAAGCAUGCUCACGUCAUUGAAGAUGGAAAACCAAAAUGUACAUGAUAAAUGCAAAAAUCAAGUACAGAGUUGAGCAUUCUCUUCUCUUGUCUUCAACCCUCUAAAGAAAAGAUCAAGCUCGUCGAAUCAAAGAUCGGAUUGUAAGCAUCAACUUGCCUAAGUAUGUUUCUACAGUUUGUUCAUGGCUCAGGAACUUUAUUAUUACUGUUUUUUCUUUGAUUUCUACUGGCUGAUUCAAAGAGCAUGAUCCUGAGCUAUUGAAUAAACUAAUUCUUUUCUCUUCUGUUUUUUUUUUUUUUUUUUUUUUUUUUUCAGAACAACACUUUGUCAGAAUGUUUUGAAUUUUUACAGAACCCCUUCAAA